AUGAGUAUUUAUUAUCCCUUUGCUCUACUAAUCAAUAAAUUAAUCAGAUAUAUCAUAUUAUUCUUAUAUGAUUUAGCAUCAACAUCUAUAAACAAACAAUCAUCGCAAAUAUCCUCUACAACUCUAGUCAAUAAUAAUAGUAAUAAGCGUCGAAAGUCAAAUGAAUGGGUUCUUCUUAAACGAUGUCGAUAUGAUUUAACUCAAAAUAUACCACCUAUUCAAUCAAUUUUAGUUAAUACAUCAACAACUAUAGAUGAGUCAACUGCAACAUCCGAUGAUCGUCUUGAUCAAUUUCUUCAACGCUUUAAUAUUCACUAUUCGGAUGAAAUCGAUAAAAACACAACACAUUUAAUAACUGAUAAUACAACAAGUCCAUUUGUUUGUGCUUUUUCAUCAAAAGUUGUUCAUGCAUUAGCACGCCAUUUAACUGUUUUAUCAAUACGUUGGAUUGAUGAAUGUCUUCACAUUGUGAAAUACGUGGCGAUUUAA